UUCCCUUGGUCCCGCGGAUUCCUUCCUUUCUUCCACUCACGACUCCAAUAUUUUCUCUCCAAAAAAACAAAAACCUUCUUUCUUUCUAAACAAUUGAUAGCAAAAAAGCAUAAAAUCGAAAAAAAAAACAUCUGAAUAUUUGUUUUAAUUCUUGAAAAACAAAUAUGGGUUUGUUGGUGGGGUUCUUCUUAGGUGCUGCAUUGGGUGUUGGUCUGAUAGUUUGUUUUGCUCGCUUUCAAAAUAACAGAUCCAAAGCUCGCAUUGAUUUGGCAAAAGCUAUAGCAGCAUUUGCCAGGAUGACAGUUCAAGAUUCAAGAAAGCUUCUUCCUCCUGAAGCAUACCCUUCUUGGGUUGUCUUUUCACAGAAGCAAAAGUUGAAUUGGCUUAACCAGCACUUAGAAAAAAUCUGGCCUUAUGUUGAUGAGGCAGCAUCAGAGUUGAUAAGAACAUCUGUUGAGCCAGUUCUUGAGCAAUAUAGACCAUCUAUCUUAGCUGCUCUCAAAUUUUCGAAGCUCACAUUGGGUACUGUUGCUCCAUCCUUCACAGGAGUUUCUAUUAUUGAUGGUGAUCCUGGAGAAAUUAUUAUGGAAUUGGAAAUGCAGUGGGAUGGAAAUCCCAAUAUUGUGCUCGAUAUUAAGACUUUAGUUGGUGUCGCACUACCUAUACAGGUCAAGAAUAUCGGAUUCACUGGGGUUUUCCGGUUGAUAUUCAAACCACUAGUUGCUGAGCUUCCUUGUUUUGGAGCGGUUUGUUACUCCUUGCGUCAAAAGAAAAAUCUGGAUUUCACUCUCAAAGUUGUGGGUGGUGAUAUCUCGGCUCUUCCCGGAGUAUCUGAUGCCAUUGAGGGUACAAUACGGGAUGCAAUUGAAGAUUCUAUUACUUGGCCUGUCCGCAAAAUCGUUCCCAUAUUACCAGGAGACUAUAGUGACCUGGAACUAAAGCCGGUUGGUAUAUUACAAGUCAAGCUCAUCGAAGCCAAAGAGUUGACUAACAAAGACAUCAUUGGGAAGUCUGAUCCUUUUGUUGAGUUGUUUAUACGUCCACUACGUGACAGGACAAAGACCAGCAAAGUUAUUGAUAACUGCUUAAAUCCAAUCUGGAACGAGCACUUUGAGUUCAUAGUUGAAGACAUAUCCACUCAACAUUUAACAAUUAGAGUUUAUGAUGACGAAGGGAUUCAGGCUGCUGAAUUCAUUGGUUGUGCUCGAAUAGAUUUGAAAGACCUUGAGCCCGGUAAAGUGAAGGAUGUGUGGCUGAAACUGCUGAAGGAUCUGGAUAUACAAAGGGACAACAAAAACCGAGGACAGGUUCAUUUGGAGCUUCUCUUCUGUCCUUUUGGUAUGGAUAGUGUGUUUAUGAAGGGCUUUAAACCCGACUACGCACUAACUACCUUGGAAAAGGCCCUUAGACCAGAGUCAGCUAAUUUUUCACAAGCGGUCUCUGAGAAGAAAGGGGACAUCCUCUUUAGAGGAGUUCUUUCCGUGACAGUAAUAUCAGCAGAAGACGUACCCGUUACUGAUCUAAUGGGGAAGUCUGAUCCUUUUGUUGUACUAAUUAUGAAGAAAUCUGAACAGAAAAAUAAGACCAGAGUUCUAAACAACACUCUUAAUCCAGUGUGGAACCAGACAUUUGACUUUGUAGUUGAAGAUGGAUUACAUGAUUUGCUCAUAUUGGAAGUUUGGGACCAUGACACAUUUGGGAAGGAUAAAAUUGGUAGAUGCAUCAUGACUCUCACAAGAGUUAUACUAGAAGGGGAAUUUAAAGAUACAUUCACUCUCGAUGGUGCAAAGUCCGGGAGAUUAACCGUUCAUCUUAAAUGGACACCACAACCAAUAAUUCGAGAUUGAUUCAUUUGUGAUUAGAUUUCGGGAGAACAAUUUUUUCUUUUCCCCGAAGAGUAUAUAUGACAUUUUACAGGAAAUGCUACCUCUAAAUGGAAAUGAGAGUGAAAAAGGCAGAGCUUUCAAGUUUGUCAUCAGGAGCAAAAAAUCUACUGAUGAAAAAAGUCUCAAGAUAUUGUGCCCUUUCAUAUGCAAAUAUUUUGUUGUAAUUACAAUCUCAAAGCUAGUCUCUUUUUUUAGUUAAAACUUCAGCUUGUUAACAACUUCAAAGAGCUAGAUUAAUCUUAAUCAACUUUUCUA